UAUAGUUAUAAUUUUGCUGAGGCUAGAGAGCCUGUAUGUUCUAAAUUUGCAUAUGAAGAACAGCUUUUAGAGAAAAUGAUAAGAACUGAAAUUAAGGUAGAAACAAUGGUAAAUGAAAAUAAGAAAACUGAGGAUAAUGUCAUCAAUACAUUAGGCGACAUUAAACAAACAGUUGCUGAUUUUAUGCACAUGUUUGCAGAUAUGAGAGCAAACAUUACGAACGAGAUGUUAAAGAGAGGUGAUGAGAUAAAAUGGAGAGAAGAAUCGUUCAAGAAAUUAUUUGACGUAAUACGUAAAAACAUCACUAGUGACAUUGAGGUUCAAAAAGAGGAACUUAUUCAACUUAAAGGAAAACUUGAACAACCCCAAAUUGCUUUCUACGCACAUCACGUGAAAGAUCUGGCUCUUGAUUCUACAGAUGAGAUUCUCAUUUUCGAGAAGACAAUCACUAACGAGGGAACAGGCUAUGACACGUCUACGGGCUUGUUCACGGCACCUGUUGGAGGACUGUACCAGUUUGAUGUUCAUACAUGUCCUGAUAAAGGGAAACAUGUUUGUCUUGGAUUGGUGUUGGAAGGUAAAGUUAUUGCAGCACAUGCUAACGAUGCUGUUGAUACCUAUGGCUGUAAUACGUUUGGAACAGUGAUAAUAGUUAAAUCGGGAGAAAAAGUUUGGGUUAAAUCAACAUUGUCAUGUUCUAUUUGUCAGCUAUUUCAAAACUCACGUAGUAUGAACACAUUUAGUGGAGUAUUUGUCAAUAACUGAAUUAUAAAAUAAACCAAUAAAAAUUGAUAUGAGUAAAAAUCUGCUUUCAGUCUUAGUAUUUGAUGUAAAACAUGAACAUUUUAAUAUAUUGUUUUAAUUCAUUUUUUGUGACACAUUAUGAUAUCGAAGAGAAAAUUUGUUGAAAUCUAUGUUGAUGCUAUAUUAUGUUAAGAAUAUUAAUCCUGCAAUUACGGAUUUCAUGCACAGGGAUAUUGUGUUCUAUAGAAGAGAAUGAAAAGAUUUUAUCGAAAUGUUUAACAACAAUGUAAGAAAAGCUUAAAGCAAUAUAUGAAUACUCGAGUUGUCUUUUUGUUUUGAUAUAUCAUUAAGGAAUUAUAUUUCUUUUUAUCAUGAAGCAUACUUUGGCUUUU